ACAGUUCUCUGUGAGCCCCCAUUCAUUUCCUGAGAACUACCCAGAGCAGCUGAGAGGAGCAGAGCAGAGGGGAGGGAGUCUCAGAGAGAGAGAGAGAGAGAGAGAGAGCAGACUGUAUAAGGAAAACAGUUUCUGCCGCUCUGCAGCUCCUGAUCAGACGCCAUCAAUAACAGGAUGUUAAUGCUUGACGGAAUGCCAGCAGUCCGAGUCAAAGCAGAGCCUCUGGAAUCUGAGAGAGGGUCCCCCAAAGUGCACAGUUACCCUGAUAUGGAGGCGGUGCCACUUCUCCUUAGCAAAGUGAAAGCAGAGCCCCCGGAGGACCUGCUCUCUUCUGAGCACUUUCACACUCAGACAGAACCCGUGGACCUGUCGAUCAACAAGACUCGAUCCUCACCUCCUUCUUCCACUGCCUCACCCAUCACUUCAGCGUUCUCACCAUCCUCCUCCUCUUCAUCUUCAUCUUUAUCAUCCUCACCUUCUGUCAUCGCCUCCAUCUCUUCAGGAAAGUCCUCAGUGUUGACUCCUGGACCUCUGGUGGGUUCUCCCUCGGGGGUCCGAGGCCAGUCGUUUUUACACAUCAUCCAUCCAGUACCACCGUCCAGCCCAAGCAAACUGGCCAGACAAGUGCAGCGCAUACCGGUGGUGGUGCAGUCACUGCCGCUAAUGUACACUACAGCAGUUCGCUCGCCCUCCAACCAUCUCAACUCCACCAUCAUGGUCCCUCUCCUGGACGAGGCCAAGAGCCAGGGCAAAGCAGCACAAUCAGACCUAAACGGCUUGUCACCAAGACAAAUCAGAAGUGACAGUGAUGAUGAUGACCUGCCAAAUGUAACCUUGGACAGCGUCAAUGAAACAGGAUCCACUGCGCUGUCUAUAGCACGAGCAGUGCAGGACUCCAUGUCACCGUUCAGUAUUGAGAGCAUGCGACGGCCGCGGCGGUCCGAGUCUCCUGACUCUAAGAAGAGGCGCAUUCACAGAUGUGACUUUGAUGGCUGCAAUAAGGUUUACACUAAGAGUUCACACCUAAAAGCACAUCGGAGAACACACACGGGUGAGAAGCCGUACAAGUGUACAUGGGAUGGCUGCACAUGGAAGUUUGCUCGCUCAGAUGAGUUGACGCGGCAUUAUCGGAAACAUACGGGGGUGAAGCCUUUCAAGUGUGCAGACUGUGAUCGCAGCUUCUCACGCUCAGACCACCUGGCCCUGCACCGGCGCAGACACAUGCUGGUCUGAAUGAAGGCCACCUCACACACCCUCUCUCUCCCACACACACACACACACACACACACACACACACACACAUACACACACACACACACACACACACACACACGCGUGUGCACAUGCACGAUGGGGAGCUGGGUCUCUCCAUGCUCUUGUUCAGCUGGCCUGGACACACGGUCAUGGCCAUCUUAGGCCCUGGUGAAGAGAGAGAGAGAGAGAGAGAGAGAGAGGAAGUCUGAAAGAUGUGUGAUGGACAGAAUGUGUUGAUAGAGCUGAACAGGGUCUGCCUCAAGGAUGGAGCAAAGCUUCUCUUCAUAUCUGGGCUCAUCUUGAAGUUUCAGGACAUUUUGAACUGGAGCACUUGUCCAGAUCCUGGUUGCUAGUUCUUGCGUGAGAGUUCUUCUGUCUGCAGUUUUGUUUUGUUUUUUAAUUUAGCAUCAUUGUUUUGUUCUCAUUUAACAUGUCUGCUUCCCUUUUGCAAUCAACAAUGUGAAGAACUGCAGUAUUGAAUGGCUUCCUCUUUUGAGAUCUGGAGCUUGAUAUUGUAGACGCAGCCAGGUUCCUACAGGAACAACAUUUUCAUAAAUCUUGAUUUCCUUCUCAGCCAGCACACCUGAUUGUGAGGUGUCAUUUCUUUGGCAAUAGAGGAGAGACCCCGAGUCAGCAAUUCCUGAGGUGAGAUGGCUGGAGAUUUUUUUCAUCUAACACGAGUCUGCAAAUUAUUGAAUGAGAUUAUACACACAGCAGGUGACACGUCACAGGAAUCAUGCAGUUAUAUGAUGUUUUGUUUUCCCCUGAUGUUGGUUUUCACACUAAAAUUGUUUUCUGCAGCAUAGACAAUGAAGUACACGGGGUACGUUUGGCUUUAAGAACUCUCAGCUGGUGUGUUGCUGUGCUUUCUGGUGACAAACAGGGAUAUAAAACAAUGCAUUGUGAUCAGUCAGUGAGUGUGAUUGUACUCCGUUCAUAUGAUUUUAUGUUUGAAUUAUUUUCCCUGCUUAAGCCUUCUCCUAUUCUUGCUUGUCACAGCUUUAAGAGGAUGGGCCCUGAAGUAACUAAUACAGUAGAGCACUAUGUUCAUCACACACAACACUGACCUCCACCAUGUUUGACUGGCUGAUGCAAAGCUCAAUGCCCUCCUUGGUUUUGAGGAAAUUUGGGUACAAAAAAAAAAAUGCAAAACAAGUCUGCUAAACCUUUGAUGGUGUGAUCUGUUUUUUUGUACUUUGAUGGAAUAUAUCAGCCAGGAGAGCAAUACAUUCACUUUAGAUUGGCGGGAGAGAGAGAAGGCCUCAUGGCUCUCUCACUUACUGCACCAACAGAGGGCUUUCAAAACAUGGACAAAUCGCUGACUUUCUCCCAUUACCACUUGUUUUUUCUAUACUAGAGAAUCUUGUAUAUUUGUAAUGGAUUUGUAGCUCUAAUUUUUAAAAUAGCAAUAGCAUAUUGCUAUUUUAGUCUCAUACCUAAAGGAUUUGAAUGCACUCGGAAGAAUAGACUUUCUUUUUAAUGAGCCAUUAAAUGUGGCACUGCAGGUUUGCCCAAAUGAAGCUCAUUUUGUUCCUAUAAACUCUUAUCACAAGCACACACACACACACACACACACACACACACACACACACACACACACACACACACACACACACGAUGGAUCUAGGGCAUUUAAAUGAAUGUUUCACAAGAGUCUUCUCAUCACAUUUUGAAGUACUGAUUUUUUUUUAAUUAAAAUAUCAUUGAAAUACUGGAUUCGCUUUUGUCACUCUGAAUCUGAAAUAGCUUAUGUAGGUUUUCUUUUUUUUCAAUGUAUAGUGCACUACUUCGUUCAAUUCUUGUCUAGUGCACUAAACAGUAAUCUGUUUUAACUUCAGCUUGAUUCCCAAAUACAAAUAGGCCACUAGAGGGUGAUCA